UUCAUUUAAGAGUUUAGUUUUUAUUUUGGUAUAGCGAAUUAUUACAAUUUCAAAUAUGGAUGUAAAUAUAAUGGAUAAACUGCGUUUAUUAAAAAUCGACACUGAAUUGCGACCACAAAUUAAAAUGAAGCCAAUGAGUCGAUAUUAUUUCCUUACCUCUACAAAUCCUGUUGAGCAAUUCUUCGUUUUCGCAUCCACUGCCGCCUGGCUCAUCCGGAAGACAGGCCACGACUUCGAACAGCCGAAUGAAGAAGACGACCCAAAUGGAACUAUAGCAAGCAUGUUAGAUGUCCUCCGCGAAAGAGAAAUAACUGUAGAUUUCUCUUCACACAAACUCAAACAAGGUUAUGGAGACCAAGUAUGUUAUAUUCUAAACGUUUUAGCUGACGAGGCGUUAAAAAAAGAAAACUUCGAAUGGGAGAAACCCAUCGUUGAUAUCCCUGAUAAUGAAGAAACCGCUGAUGACGUCGAUCAAAUAGAAGAUGAGACUGAAAUAUUCCUUGAUAAAGUCGAAGAAGAGUUGAUAGAUCAUUCCGAUGACUCUGGAGACGAGAAUAAAGAAGAAAGGGAAUCGAUGAAAUCUGUCACUAUUCAUGAUUGUGAGGAAUGGAAAUUAGAAUUGGAGAGAGUGGCACCAGCUUUAAGAUUGAAGAUAUCAGCCGACGGACGAGAUUGGCGAGCGAGGUUAACUCAGAUGGAAUCUUACAAGAACGAACUAUUCGGAAGAUUGAAAACGACCGGAUCACAAUUGAACAAAUUACACGGCAACAUUAGCUCAGUAAUGGAUAAAGUUGCUGCACGUGAAAAUAUAUUGAACGAAAAAUUUGAACCGCUCGUGAAAGAAUACGGUUCACUUUUGAACGAGUUAAAGAAGGCUACAGAUGAACAUAAAGAAGUGAGCGCUGGUGUUACUGAACGACAGGAGAAAUUGAACGAAAUCACUGCAAAGGUGGAAAAUAUUAAGCAGAGAACGGAACAGAGAGGUUCUUCCAUGAACGAUACUUCACCGUUAUUGACUGCUAAAAAAGCUGUAGAAACAUUAAAGAAGGACAUACAAGAAUUGGAUUUUCAAAUCACUGUUUUAUUGUGGCUGUUAAUAUCGAAAGAAAGUCCUAAAAGUAAUAAUUUUUUAACUAAUACUGAAACUGGAAUUUAAAAUAAGAAAUAUUUAUAAAGUAAGUCAAAUACAAGUACUAACUUAUAGAAAUAGUCGCCGAUUGGUCGACAUUCUGAUCUGGUUGACUAGCUUUUCUCCGCGACUUUAUCUAAGUAAGUAGUGUUCUUUUUUUCCUGGUCUCUGGUUUCUGGUAAGUCGUUUUCCAGAUAUUUAUU